ACACACACACACACACACACGUACACACGGUGCUGUGAAGAGUAGGAAAAUACUCCGCUCCCUCUGCUGCCAAACGCCUCCUCACUACACGGGACCAAACAAGAACCGGGCUGGUUGAUUCGGAGGGUGAGGAGAAGGAGAAUAACCCCGUUCGAAGGAUAUUAAAUCAGUGGAGCUGCCUUUUCGCUCGGGAGUUCCUUGGUUUUUGGCUGCACGUCGGCCUCGAGCUUCCCGCGUCUUGUUCUCGACAGUAAACAGUCGGCGUCACGUCCAUGGAGCCGGGAUGUAGCGGAGGGCUAACCCACCUACAGCCGCGUUAAGUACUCGUCAUUCGGCAGGAACAUAGUGACAUUAAACGAAGGUAAACCAUUUUAAAAGGCUGCUGUUGGUUUAUGAAAACUGAAAAACUUCUGAGACCUUUUUUAACAUUGAUGGUGGGUUUCUUUAUAAUGGCCCCCGCCUGGAGGUCGUAGCUGACCCUUUUUUAUUUCCCGCCGCAUCACUGCUCCUCUCCCCAAUGAUGACUAUGAGCUCUAUAUCGGACACUUUAGUCCCGCCUGACCCCUCCAAAUCGGCGUUUUUGGAGUUCGGCGGCCACGGCUACACCGGACACCAGCAGCACUCCCCCGGCCUGUCCCACAACCAUUACUCGGUCCACGGUCUCCACGCCGUCGGGUCCUCGCAGCACGACGGGCCCUUCUCCUCCGGUGCAUCAUCGUACGGUCGCCCGCUGGGAUACCCGGCGUAUCACAGCCCCGUGACCGCGCACCACCCUGGGGCCUACCUGCCCUAUCAGCACGGGGGUCACGGCGGCGCGCUGGGACACAGCAGACUAGAAGAUGCGGAACACGAGAAGCCCACGACGGUGAUAGAGAACGGGGAGGUGAGGCUGAACGGGAAGGGGAAGAAGAUCAGGAAGCCCCGGACCAUUUACUCCAGCCUGCAGCUCCAGGCCCUGAACCAGCGCUUCCAGCAGACCCAGUACCUCGCCCUGCCCGAGAGGGCCGACCUGGCGGCCAAACUGGGGCUGACGCAGACCCAGGUGAAAAUAUGGUUCCAAAACAAACGAUCCAAAUUCAAGAAGAUCAUGAAGAAUGGGCCCUGUGGACCUGAGGGAGACCACCUGGCCCCCCCGCCGCCCUCCUCCGCCUCUCCCUGCUCCCUGUGGGACAUCAGCAUGGCGGCCAAAGGCGCGCCGGUGCACUCGGGUGGAUACAUGAACAAUUUUGCUCACUGGUACCCGGGACACCAGCAGGACUCCAUGCCCCGGACUCAGAUGAUGUGACAGUCAGGGGACAGACGGGGGACUUAUACUGAGGAGCUGACUGGAGCUGGGACACGGACACGGUCAAGAGCCUGAGCCACGCUGGAGGCAGAAAUCAUAGGACUGGCAGAGACAGAUCAAAUACAGGGUCGUCCUUAAAUCUGGAAAGGGGAAAUAUUAAAGUUAUAGCCAUGACAGUGUGAGGCUGUAGCAUUAACCCGAGUUAGUCUCAGCCCGAGAAUGGAGAAGGUAAAACUACUCCUGAAUUCAACUUUUCAUCUGUAAGAGGAGGUCUGUUAAAAAUAAUCCCAGACUUCCUUUAACUCAGUCAGUCGAGUUGUUUCUGCCUGCAGAGGAGCUCGGCCUGCCAAGAAGUUUAUGAUCAAGCUACAGCUCCAAGCUAAUGCCGGCCCUGCGUCUCUGAUUCUGGACAUUUGGUUUUUUUCUGUCUUUUCAGGGGCGUACAGUACAGCAGGGAGGACACGCGUGUAAGAAGAAGGCUUCUUCAGGGCUUUUUCAUAGUUGUUUUUUAUGGAUCGGAGUCAAAGGGCCCCCAUUGGGGACCAUUGUGUGUAUUUUUGUAUUUGUGUAUUUCUGACGGGGUGUAACACUAUAAGGGGCCUGUGUAGCAUAUACAGUACCAACAGGGGCCCUGAUACGGCAGGCUUUAUGAACAAGUAGACAUGUUAUGGUACUUAUAAUAUGCCCUUUUUAAGACGAUAUGAGAAAUAGGCACUGAAUGGCCAUGGUUACUUACUUGUAUGAGUCAAAUUUGAUAUAUAUUACGUUGUGUAAGUGGUCAAAAGCCCAAAAGAAAAUGGCCAAAAUGCAUUUGAAAGCCAUAGGGGGGGUCAUCAGAUGUCCCACGAUACUCUAUUAUCACGAUACUUAUGUCACCAUAAGAUUUUAUUGCGAUUUUGAUCAUAUUGCGAUAUUCUGCGAUAUAUUGCAAUGUAUUACCUUUUAUUCAAACGACAAACGCAUGUCCCCAAAGGACCGCUCUGUCAACAGGGGUUUCAUCUAAAAAGAUAAACCUCUCUGUGUAAUCUCACUUAAUGUUUCUUUAUUAUUAUUCUAGUGCCAAAAAGUAAAAUUCUAAUGUGCAAUUUAGAAAUUCCAUUGACUAAAUUUGAUUAAUGCUUGCUGUAUUCAAAACAAAUGAAAGAAAACCAUUUCUAAUUUCCUUUUGUCCAAUGAAUUGAACAUUGAGUUGAAAAUGAAAGGCAACACUAAAAAAAAAGAAAAACGUAAUGUGGCGUUUUCUACUGAUAUUUUCUUUCAACUAAAACAAAAAAAAAUCAGAGUGUCAAAUCCAAAUAUGUCGCAGCCUUUCCCAAUGUGUUUCUGGAUAUUGGAUACAUUGUGCAGCCCUGGUUUAAAUGUUCCAUCCCAACAUUGGUUGUUUUAUCCGCUCACCUCCUGAAGUCAGAAACGACUGGAGUUUACAGUCAUAUAUCAUGGAUUUCUGUUGCCUGGAAUUUGAUCAACAACCUCUUAAAAUGCAGAAAAUACUAUUUUGCUGGUAAUAUAUUGCCUUUGGGUCAGACCAUGCUAUGUUAUUUGAAAUAAAUCCAACCCAGUGACCAUUGCCACCCUUCUUCAUUUGGUUUAUUGAACUUCCAUUCAGCAUUUGUUUUUGCACCUUUAACAGAUAAUAUCAAACUUAGUCUUUGGGGGUGCGUCCCAACAAUAACACAUUCACUCUCCCGUGGACCUGAGCCAUUCUUCUCCAGAGUCGUAAAUCAGGAGACGCGGGUCACGCCGGUCGCCCGGCACACAUCUGGAAACGCACAAAGGGUCGUCAAACAUCGCCAAUGAUUUUAGAAAAUGACCACGUCAAUUACAGGCAAUUUAGGACCCAGCUCGUGAAAUAAAGCUUUUAACUCUGACGCUGUAAUUAUCUGUAAUUGUCAGUCGAGGGAAUAUCCUUCUGCCCCGGCCCUGGAGCAAAACGCUGGGAAGUAGUGGAUUACAUCCAACGGGAUUACCCAGGCCUGAUCCUCUCACAGCAAAAUCAUACGUGGAAUAAUAUGCCAAAAAUGCAUUCAUUACUCAAUUAUUCUCCUCAUGGCUUUCUUAUUUUUGUCUUUCUGUUGUUAUUUUUUGGAGAUUAUGUAACAUACAGAGCAUGAAUUUUUACUUCAUUUUCUCCCGAGGGUUUUCUUUUGUUUUUUCUUUAGUUUUUAGGAGAAAAAAGGAAAGUAUAUAUAUUCCGUUAUUGCUUUAGAACAAUCCA